AUGGAUGCAGAAGAAAAGAUGGGGGUUGAGCUAAGCAGCCCGUCUGCCAUUAUGGAGCAUGCAAGGAGGCUGUACAUGUCUAAGGACUACAGGAGUCUGGAGAGUCUGUUUGGAAGGUGUCUAAAGAAGUCAUACAACUUGGAUCUCUGGAUGCUGUAUAUCGAGUAUGUCCGGAAGGUCAGCCAGAAGAAGUUCAAGCUGUAUGAGGUCUAUGAGUUUACGCUGGGGCAGUUUGAGAACUACUGGGACUCGUACGGAUUGUACAAGGAGUAUAUUGAGGAGCUUGGGAAGAUUGAGGACGAGCAGACAAGGAUCGAGAAGAUAAGAAAUGGAUACAUGAGAGCGCUUCAGACGCCCAUGGGGUCGCUGAGCGAGCUGUGGAAGGACUUUGAGAACUUUGAGCUGGAGCUGAACAAGAUCACUGGGAAGAAGAUAGUUGGUGACACUCUCCCGAUAUUCCAGAGCUCGUUCCAGAGGUACCAGCAGAUCCAACCGCUGAUUAGGGGUUGGAGCGUCAAGAAUGCAGCAAGGCUGAUAGACCUGGAGAUGGAGAACGGGAUGAAGCUUGGGGGGAGACCUCAUGAGUCCAGGAUGCACUUUAUACACAACUACAUUCUGGACUCGUUUUACUAUGCAGAGGAGGUCUAUUUUUUCUACAGCGAGUAUCUGAUUGGGAUAGGGCAGAAGGAAAAGGCCAAGAAGGUGGUUGAACGGGGGAUUGAGAUGAGCGAUGGGAUGUUCCUGUCUCUCUAUUACGGGCUUGUGAUGGAUGAGGAGGCAGUCUAUGGAGACCUGAAGAGGAAGUACUCCAUGGGGGAGGCGGAGAGCGCCGAGAAGGUGUUUUCCAAGGAGCUUGACCUGCUGAGGAUCAACCACCUGAACUAUGUUCUAAAAAAGAGAGGACUUGAGCUGUUUAGGAAGCUAUUUAUUGAGCUUGGGAAUGAGGGAGUAGGCCCCCAUGUCUUUAUAUACUGUGCAUUUAUUGAGUACUACGCAACAGGAAGCCGGGCAACACCCUACAACAUCUUCUCCUCAGGACUUCUGAAGCAUCCCGACUCCACCCUGCUGAAAGAGGAGUUUUUCUUGUUUCUGCUCAGGAUAGGGGAUGAGGAGAAUGCAAGGGCUCUGUUCAAGAGACUCGAGAAGACAAGCAGGAUGUGGGACUCGAUGAUAGAGUAUGAGUUUAUGGUGGGAAGCAUGGAACUGUUCAGAGAGCUUGUUGACCAGAAGAUGGAUGCAAUCAAGGCCGAUGCCAUCCUCCCUCCUCUCCCGCCAAGAGAGCAUAAUGUGCAGAUGGAGGGGAUACUGGGGAGAUACCACUGCUUUCUCGAUUCGUUCAACUUCCUUGACCUGAAGAUUAGGGACAACUCAAGACUUUUGGACGAGUUUAUGGAGAAUCUUCCUAAGAUAAGCCAGCAGAACAACGUGCUUUCCAACCUGAGGGUAGAGAAGGUGAUCAGCCUUCUCAAAAGCGUGCAGUAA